AUGCCCGACAUUGAUGGUGGAAAGUGCGGCAAAAUCACGGUCAGCUACGGAUCCUGCAUUUCUCUUCAAGAUGCUCAGAAUCAUAUUGCAAAAUCAAAGGACCUUUCUAUCACUGCGCCAAAGGAUGAUUCUGCAUGCAAAACUCUAGCAUCUAAUGAUUGUGGCAUCUACGAGUCGCUGUCCUCCGUCACAUGCAGCGACUACUGCAAGUUCUACAUUCCCAACAGGCAGAGCGGAUGCUUGGUUGACUCUGAUUGCUCGAUAAGUCACGUUGCGACGUUGCGAUGCUGCCGAUCCUACCAGAUGAGGAGUGAGACUCUAUGCAACAUGACUAGCUCUCAGAUCACCGCGCAGAUCGAGAAUUUGAAGCUCGUCAGGCUCUCCCCCGGCGAGCAUGCUGCAGUUGCUGUGUUUGUUAUGCCUGCUCCUGUCUCUACAGCUCAUCCAGUGAGGAUGAUAUGA